GUAAACAAAGCAGCAGUUGUGUGUCUGUCAGAUUCGUGUGUAUUCGCUCAUUUUCUCCUGCGUUUGUCGACGAUGGCUCAAGCCGGAGUGGUCCUGGACAAGGACCAGUUCAACUGCUCGAUAUGUCUGGACGUGCUGAAGGACCCAGUGACCAUCCCUUGCGGACACAGCUACUGCUGGGACUGUAUCCAGAACUACUGGGACCAGGACGACUACCUGGGGAUCUUCGUGUGUCCGCAGUGCAGGCACAACUUCAACCCGAGGCCGGUGCUCGCCAGAAACACCAUGUUGGCCGACGUGGUGGAGAAAUUCAAAAAGACUGGACUCCAGGAGGCCACGGUGACGCCUGUGAGUCAAAGUUUCGCCGAGGCCGACGACGUUGGGUGCGACGUCUGCACCGGGAGGAAAAACAAAGCUGUCAAGUCCUGUCUGGUGUGUCUGGCCUCCUACUGCGACCUCCACCUGCAGCCCCACUACGAGUCUGCUGCGUUCAAGAAACACAAGCUGGUGUCGGCCUCCAAAAAGCUCCAGGAGACGAUCUGUGGCCGACACGACAAGCUGCUGGAGGUGUACUGCCGCACCGACAAGCAGUGCAUCUGUUACCUGUGUCUGACUGAUGAACACAAAGGGCACGACACGGUGCUGGCUGAGGCAGAGAUACAGCAGAAGCAGAGGGAGCUUGGUGACAUGAAGCAGAGCUCUCAGCUGAGAAUCCAUCAAAGGGAAAAAGGAGUCCAGGAGAUCAAACAAGCCAUUUUCUCUCUCACUCGCUCUGCUCGGGCAGCAGCUGAGGAGAGUGACGCUGUCUUCACCGAACUGAUUCGGUCGAUCGAGCUGAAGCGUUUCGAGGUGAGAGAGCUCAUCAAAGCCCAGGAGAAGACGGCCGUCAGUCAGGCCGAGCAGCUGCUGGAGAGGAUCCAGAGGGAGAUCGCUGAGCUGAAGAAGAACGAGGCUGAGCUGGACAAACUCUCCCACACUGAGGACCACGUCCAUUUCCUUCAGAGUUGUCAGUCUCUCCAGGCUCCGCCCGUGCUCUCAACUCUGCCCUCGGUCACCUCUGACCCCAGUCUCACCUUCGGCCCGGUGAUGACAGCCGUGUCAGAUUUUAAAGGACUGUUGCAGGAGGUCUGCCAGGGAGGAUUUGUCAGCAUCUACGAGAGAGUGAGAGAGAUAGAGAUUGUAGGCCCUCAAAAUCCUGCUGCACCGCUGGACACAACACAGCCGAGGCAAAGUGAUUCAGAUGUGCCAAUGCAAGCAACACUUGUCAACCCUCCACCUGGCCUGGACCAAAGUCCUGUGAACCCUUUCAACCCUUUCCUCUCAUCAGGACCUGCCGUGCCCACCUUUGCCUUCUCACCAUUUGGGUCCAAACUCUCCUCAGGAUCCAGACAGAGGCACCUCCAGCGACGUGCUCACCCCCGGAGGAAAUAGACUCGUAGCGGACAUCAGAAUCAAGAUUUCACACGCACCUACAUGGGCUGAAUGUCGUUAUACCUCAGUGCUCUUCUCUCACAAAUCUGUACUGACACCUAUGGAUUGUAUAUUUAAUAAUUCAUCUUUUGGUAUUCAUUAUAAUUGCUGUGUUUUCAGCGAUCAGUGAACCUGUAGUUCAGGUUGGAAAGAGAUAAGGAAAGUUAUAGGUGUCACAGAAGAUCACAUUGACACAGUAGUAUUAAAGGGACAGUUCCACCAAAAUCAAAAAUUAAUAUUUUUCCUCUUACCUGUAGUGCUAUUCGGUAACGUCAAUCAUUUUGGUGUGGGCUGCCGAGCACUUGAGAUAUCGUUCGUAGAGACGUCUGCCUUCUCUCCAAUAUAAUGGAACUAGAUGGCACUCGGCUUGUGGUGCUCAAAGUGCCCCAAAAAAAGAAAAACUCAACAGCAAUGUCUCUUUUUCAGAAAUUAUGACCCGGUUACUCAAGAUAAUCCACAGACCUUGUUGUGAGCAGUUUCAUGUAGGAACUGUUCUUUCUACUGAACUGCUCCUGCCAACCACAUCACCACACUGAAGGAAGAGUGCAUCUACUGCUAGCUCACCUAGCACCACUGAGAUAGGUCAUGUUGUAGCUCAGCCGAGGGGGGCGCCAUUGAUGUUUACAUCUCAAGCAGUCGUUAGCAUGAGCCUCUUGUUCAUGAGUAGAUGCACACAUCCUUCUGCGUGGUGAUACGGUUGGCAGGUGUAGGUUGGUAGCAAGAAAAUAGUUCCUACAUGAAACUGCUCACAACAAGGUCUGUGGAUUAUCUUGAGUAACCAGGUGAUGAUUUCUGGAAAGAGACACUGAUGUUGAGUUUUUCAAAUGUAUUUAUUAUUAUUAUUUUUAAUAUUAUUAUUAUUUUGCGCUUUGAGCACCACAAUCCUUUAUAUUCGGGAGAAUGGCCGCUAUCUCCAACACACACCAAAACAGUCUAGACUGAUAAAUAGCACUACAGGUAAGAGAAUGAAUAUAUAAUUUAGAUUUCAGGGUGAACUGUUCCUUUAAGCAGCAUUAAGCAACACAUGACUCACUACAUCUAAUUUCAGUAUUUGAAAGAAAAUUGCCUCGAAACUUGCUCAAGUUUUACUUUGUCUUUUUUUUUUAACAAGGUUUUGCUUUUAUAAUUAUUUUUAAUUUUUAACUGAACCUACAAAACAAUCAUUUUGUUGCUUUACAGACGUGUAAUAAUAUAUUGUGAUUUGUGACACACAGGCAUUAAAAAAAUAAACACACGUGUACAAACUA